AAUCAGAGGAUCACUCGCCUUGUUGUUUAGGAGGAGGAACUGGAGGAUGUAGCCCUAGUGCUGUCACAUGACUAGUCGCGCUUGCUUUGGGGGUGUGGUUACCGUGAGGAGGAAGGAACUGCUGGAGAAGGGAGAGGAGCUGCGGGAUUCUGGGGUGUGAGUGGCAGGUGAUGACAUUUGGGGUGCAGCGCCUACACACACUAAUAACCAUAACUUGAGCCUGGAGCAGCACAGCGAAUAGCCUGGGAAUGAGGCGGAGCUACAGAACCAUGGCAGAAAGGAGACAUUAAUAUUAUUGUUAUUGGCAUUAUUAUCAUCAUCAUGGGGGCCAAGGAGUCGCGGAUCGGGUUCCUGACUUAUGAUGAGGCUGUAAAACGAGUGACGGAUGUGGAACUGAAGCGGUUGAAAGAUGCCUUCAAAAGAACAGGUGGCCCAUCUUACUACAUGAACCAGCAGUGCUUCAUUAGAGAAGUGCUUGGUGAUGGAGUGCCUCCAAAAGUUGCUGAGGUGAUCUACUGUUCAUUUGGCGGAACCUCCAAAGGUUUGCAUUUCAACAACUUGAUAGUAGGGCUUGUUCUUCUAACAAGAGGGCGAGAUGAAGAGAAGGCAAAAUACAUUUUUAGCCUUUUUUCCAAUGAAUCCGGCAGCUGUGUUGUACGAGAGGAGAUGGAGAGCAUGUUGUGUGUCGUGGAUGGAGAAGUGCCAUUAUCUCUUAAAAAAUGCUUUUCUGAGGGUGAAAAGGUGAACUAUGACAAGUUUAGAAAUUGGUUACUCCAAAAUAAAGAUGCCUUCACGUUUUCUCGUUGGCUGCUUUCUGGAGGUGUCUUUGUAACGCUUACUGAUGACAGCGACACUCCUACUUUCUAUCAAACCUUGGCUGGAGUUACACAUUUGGAAGAAUCAGACAUCAUUGAUCUUGAGAAGAGAUAUUGGCUUUUGAAGGCGCAGUCGCGGACGGGGAGGUUUGAUUUAGAGACUUUUGUUCCCUUGAUUUCACCUCCUAUCCAUCAGUCUUUGAGUGAAGGAUUAUUUAACGCGUUUGAUGAAAAUCGCGACAAUCACAUAGACUUCAAAGAAAUAUCAUGUGGGCUGUCUGCAUGUUGCCGUGGACCAUUGGCAGAGAGGCAAAAAUUUUGCUUUAAGGUAUUUGAUAUUGAUCGUGAUGGUGUUCUGUCCCGCACUGAACUGGAAGAUAUGGUUCUUGCACUACUGGAAGUCUGGAAGGACAACCGCACUGAUGCCAUACCUGAAUUGCACUUGAAUCUUCCUGAAAUUAUAGACAACAUAUUGCAAUCCCAUGAUACCACAAAGAGUGGGCACCUAACUUUGGAGGAUUAUCAAAUAUGGAGUGUUCAAAGCGCUCUUGCCAAUGAGUUUUUAAACCUCCUUUUCCAGGUGUGCCACAUAGUUUUGGGUUUAAGACCAGCCACUCCAGAAGAAGAAGGACAUAUUAUAAGAGGCUGGUUAGAAAGAGAGAGCAGAUAUGGUCUACAACCUGGUCACAACUGGUUUCUUAUCUCUAUGCAGUGGUGGCAACAGUGGAAGGAAUAUGUUAAAUAUGAUUCCAGACCUGUUGUUGUUGAGCCCUCCCCAUUAUUAAAUGGUGGAAGAAACUCACUGGGAACUUGCUCUUUGGAUCAAAGGGAAGAUGACCGACAAGGAUCUUGCCUACAAAACACUACAGAAGAAAAAUCUUCAGAUAACAUAUCUACUGCAUCAGAGGCGUCAGAGUCAACUUCUAACAAUUUCCUUUAUACUAGCACUUCAGGUGCAGAUUUGUGUUUUGCUCGUCAGCAUAACAGUUCAGAUAAUAAUAACCAGUGUAUGAUUGGUGCCAAUGGAAGUGUUUAUCUGCAACUUAAUCCACAGAAGCCUGGAGCGAUUGACAACCAGCCUUUAGUAAUUCAAGAAACCCUAAAGGUUCCCUCUUUAACACUGGAAGGAGGGCGGUUGAAACAAAGUCCAUCUUUAGUUCGUGGAAAAGACUAUGAGAUUGUACCAGAGCCAGUAUGGAGAGCUCUUUAUCACUGGUACGGUGCAAAUCUAUCUUUACCUCGGCCAGUGAUACAAAAUAGCAAAACAGACCUCCCAGAACUGGAACUUUUUCCACGAUAUUUGCUUUUCUUGAAACAGCAACCUGUAACUCGCCAACAGCAGUCCAACAUCUGGGUGAAUAUGGGUAUGAUGAGCCUCAGAAUGUUUCCUCAGCAUUUACCCAGAGGAAAUGUACCAUCACCAAAUGCCCCCCUGAAGCGAGUCCUGGCGUACACAGGAUGCUUUAGUCGUAUGCAGACCAUAAAAGAAAUCCAUGAGUAUCUUUCUCAGCGAUUGCGCAUAAAAGAAGAGGACAUGCGACUGUGGUUAUAUAACAGUGAGAACUAUCUCACUCUUCUUGAUGAUGAAGACCAUCGUUUAGAAUAUCUCAAAAUCCAGGAUGAGCAGCACUUGGUAAUAGAGGUUCGCAACAAAGAUAUGAGCUGGCCCGAAGAGAUGUCCUUUAUAGCAAAUAGCAGUAAAAUAGAUAGGCAUAAAGUUCCAACUGAAAAGGGAGCAACAGGGCUGAGCAAUUUGGGGAACACAUGCUUUAUGAAUUCAAGUAUUCAGUGUGUCAGUAACACACAGCCACUAACACAGUAUUUCAUCUCAGGAAGGCAUCUGUAUGAGCUCAACAGAACAAAUCCUAUAGGAAUGAAAGGACAUAUGGCAAAAUGUUAUGGUGAUUUGGUUCAAGAACUUUGGAGUGGUACUCAAAAGAAUGUGGCACCUCUUAAGUUAAGAUGGACAAUAGCAAAAUAUGCACCACGGUUUAAUGGUUUUCAGCAACAGGACUCUCAAGAGCUGCUAGCAUUUCUAUUAGAUGGCCUUCAUGAGGAUCUGAACCGCGUUCAUGAUAAACCAUAUGUUGAACUUAAGGACAGCGAUGGCCGACCAGACUGGGAAGUUGCUGCAGAAGCAUGGGAUAAUCAUUUGAGGCGAAACAAGUCAAUCGUUGUGGAUUUGUUUCAUGGGCAGUUACGGUCUCAAGUAAAAUGCAAAACAUGUGGACAUACAAGUGUUCGAUUUGAUCCAUUCAACUUCCUGUCACUGCCUCUCCCCAUGGACAGUUACAUGCACUUGGAAAUAACAGUAAUUAAAUUAGAUGGUACAACACCUGUACGAUACGGGCUGAGGCUAAAUAUGGAUGAGAAAUAUACAGGGCUAAAAAAACAGCUCAGUGACCUCUGUGGUUUAAAACCUGAACAGAUCCUUUUGGCAGAAGUGCAUGGGUCUAACAUAAAGAACUUUCCUCAGGAUAAUCAGAAGGUACGACUUUCUGUCAGUGGUUUCCUGUGUGCUUUUGAGAUACCUAUUCCUGGAUCUCCAACAUCUGCCACCACCCCCUCACAAACAGAUUCUAACACAGUGCCAUCAUCAAACGGAACACAAAGUCUCAUCUCAAAUGGAGGACUGAGUCGACCACCAAUAAUACCUAAUGGAAUGCCAAACACUGUAGUGCCAUGUGGAACAGAAAAGAAUAUAGGAAAUUGUGUACUUAAUGGUCAUGUUACUGUUCAUCCAGAUGGCCCGUUUAUUGGGUACAUUAUUGCAAUCCACAGAAAAAUGAUGAGGACUGAGCUGUAUUUCUUAUCAUCUCAAAAAAACCGGCCCAGCCUUUUUGGAAUGCCCUUAAUUGUUCCGUGCACUGUCCACACAAGAAAAAAGGACUUGUAUGACGCAGUAUGGAUCCAGGUUUCCAGGCUUGCAAGUCCUCUUCCUCCGCAGGAAGCAAGUAAUCAUGCGCAAGACUGUGAUGACAGUAUGGGCUAUCAAUAUCCUUUCACCUUGAGAGUGGUUCAGAAAGAUGGUAAUUCCUGUGCUUCAUGCCCUUGGUACAGGUUCUGCAGGGGAUGUAAAAUUGAUUGUACAGAAGACCGUGCAUAUAUUGGUAAUGCUUAUAUUGCUGUUGACUGGGACCCCACAGCUCUGCAUCUUCGUUACCAAACUUCGCAGGAAAGGAUUGUAGAAGAGCACGAAAGUGUUGAACAGAGUCGACGAGCACAAGCUGAGCCCAUCAACUUAGAUAGUUGUCUACGGGCUUUUACUAGCGAGGAAGAGCUGGGGGAAGAUGAAAUGUAUUAUUGCUCCAAAUGUAAAACGCACUGCGUAGCCACCAAGAAACUUGACCUUUGGAGACUUCCUCCAAUCCUGAUUAUCCACUUGAAAAGAUUUCAUUUUGUUAAUGGUCGCUGGAUAAAAUCUCAAAAAAUAGUCAAAUUCCCUAAGCAGAACUUUGACCCAAGUGCAUUUUUGGUACAGCGAGGUCAAGGCCAACACACGAAAAAGCAACUGGGGGCUCAGCCAGAGAAUCAGGCUGAGUCUCCAGUAACUCAUGGUGAAACUAAAAGAAUAGAAUGUAUUCCUGGAGAUGGGGAUACAGUCAGCAAAGUUCAACCAAUAAUCAGCUCUUCCACAGGGAAUAAUAGUAAAGCAUCACCAUCACAAGGAAGGAAAGCUAUCAUGAACUGCUCAAGUAAAAAUAACAGCCCAAGCCACAGCCCCAGAUCUUUAGGCAGAGGUAAAGGACGACUGCGCUUACCCCAGCUUGGGGGGAAAAAGCUUUCAAACAGCAAAGAAAAUUUGGAUCAAAGCAAAGAAAAUGGCACAGACACUGAUACGAAAGAAAAUCCAGAGCAUGUAGACUCUGGAAGCAGAGGACACCUUUUAGGGGGAAGUCAAACAGAAUUAACAUCUAGUCAGGACAUUGAUGUGGUCAUAAAUAAUGGACUAAAUUAUGAACAGAACGCAUGCAAUGGUCAACUUGAAAACCACGUUGGUGAAGAGGACGACAGCACUGAUUACCAAAGCAAAGAUGAUAUCUGCUGUCAGCCUAUUUACAACCUUUAUGCAAUUUCGUGCCAUUCAGGAAUAAUGGGUGGAGGUCAUUAUGUCACUUAUGCCAAAAAUCCGAAUAACAAGUGGUACUGCUACAAUGACAGCAGUUGUAAGGAACUGCAUCCUGAUGAAAUAGAUACAGACUCUGCCUACAUCCUUUUCUAUGAACAGCAAGGGGUGGACUAUGCACAAUUUCUGCCAAAGAUUGAUGGUAAAAAGAUGGCAGACACUAGCAGUAUGGAUGAAGACUUUGAAUCAGAUUAUAAAAAAUAUUGCGUGCUGCAAUAAUAUCAUUGGGCUUCCAGAUCAAUGAAGAAUGUAUGUCAGAGAGAAAUGACUGUGUGAAAAAGAAGUCCAUGACGUAUUCACUAAUAGUCAUUGAUUGACUUAAACUGAUGGAAAUGUCACUAAUGCAUGAAGAUCCCUUCUGUAGAAAACAAAAAGAGAAAGGUGUCAUGAUAAAUAUGUAUAUUCUUUUAAAUGUCCUAUCUUUUCUGCAAAUUGUUUAUCUCCUCUUUUAGUAUAUAUAUUUUUAAUUUAUUUUAGAGCUAUAUUUUAUUUAAUUACUAACCUCUCUUAAGCAAUCUGUCAACUACAUUGAUUACUCUGCAUAUGACUACUACACUUUUUAAAACAAAGUAUUUUGAGUGAAAAAAAAUAGAAAAGAAAAGUGUGCUAAUAACUUAAUAGCAACUUUUUCUUUUCAGUCCCAGCCACAUUUUAAAAUACUGUAUUCCAGCAUCAUAUGUUGAUGUUAUCUGUGUUUAAUUACCCCUUUUCCAAAAAUAUGCUGAGAAAGGUUUCCAGAGUAAUUGAUGCCAUAUUUAUUGCCAAAGUGCGUUGCAAAUUAAAGACUGCUAAAGAGAGGAACAAACAAGACCGUAAUCUGCAUUAGAGGGACAUUUAAAAUAAUUAUUCAUCUUUAGUUAAGAUGCUAUUUUUUAUGCCUACGCACAAAGCUAAACUUGAAUAAGAUUUUUGAAGCUAACAGUAGGCUUUUCUUUAAGCAUCAUCUCAUUCUGUAGUUAUAUCUAUACUGCUGAGAAUAUCUGGCUGUUGCUAAGCAACCUGACAAAUUCGAUUUCUAUCAGAUUUCUUUAAAUCUUUUCCAAAAAAUUCAAAGGGACUCUUCUAAAAACCAACCUUGGAAUACAUAUGACCAUAAUUCUAUCAUUUAGGAGAUUGGUAUCAAUAACCUUCUACCUCCUCCCCAUUUUAAUGUAUUUUUAUUGCUUUUAGAAACUAAAAUGAAUAACUGGUAUAUCAGGUUCCGUACAUGGACUGUUUAGAUUUACAGCAAGUAAACUCAUCUGCAUAAACCUGCUGGAGUGCCAAGAAAUGACAUGGAAAUCAAAUGGUUGAUAAUAUAUAAAAGCUAACAGGCACAUUAUACAUGUCAGUAUCUGUUUGUCUUUUUUCGGUCAACCCACAUCUUAGUAACUAAUUUCUUUAAUUAAAAUGUUGUGCGCUUUACACAAUUACAGCUUCUUCUCAGAAAAUAUGCAAAAACUGCACAUUAGACUACUACCCGAACACACUCCUUCAUUUUAACUGGUUUAUGUGGAAACUUAAUACAGUAGGUUUUAUAAUCUUAGAGAGAAUCUGAUUUAAGAUUAUCUUUGCUCUUUUGUGCAAUUAUUGUUUACUUGCCCGUUUUCCGGAGUUUGAAUUGCUUUACUAAAGAUCUAAGGAUGUUUUACAGAUAUACACUACACGUUCACCUAAUACAAAGCGAAUGUGCUUCUAUGGAAAAUGUGUUUGAAGUAGAGUUUAGGUUACAUAAAGGGACAUAUUAACAUAUGGGAAAUAUUAUGUGAGAGAGAAAUUCUACAUGCUUAAAUAUGGUUAAAUUAAAUCAUUUAAAAUCUUACCUAACCCUCAAAUAACGUAAACAAAUAGUAUUUUAGUGCGUCAUGUAGGCUUUCAUUGCAGUAUUGACAUUGCUUAAUACAAGAUGAGUGCAGGGAACCGGUAGGAUUACUAUAGACCUUAUCUGUGCAUAUACCCUUCAUUGUUAGAACACUAUAUAUUGGCAGUAUAAGGCCACAUCAGUUUCAAUCUUGACACUGAUUACAUUAUAAGGGUAACGUUCGGGAAGGAGAACAUGAAGGUAUAAACAAAGGGUUCCUACAUUUGCCUGUAGCUUAGAUAAAAGUAUAUUACUUUCACAAAGAAGCAACUAUUAAUUCCAGUCAGAAUCACUUUAUCUAUGAUCUAUUGUAAUUUUUUUCUCAGGAAUGCAAGACUGUGAAUAAGUAAAUAAUCUUUUCCUCAUUUUCUAAUAGGUCGCAAAAGGUUUUUCUCUACAAUCUGUUCCAGAGCUGUAUUUUGUAUAACACUCGUAGCUCUAUAUUAAAUCCUUCUAUAAAAGCAUAACAGUGAAUUUAAUCAUAUUUAACCAAACAAGAGUUAGCUGGUACUUUUUUAAUAGAAACCUCAUAUUUAUGAUACCAUAGAGUGAGCUUAUAUUACCAUCUUUAUUUACUACUUGCUCUCUUUCGACUCCACCUAUCAAACAAUGAACUUUUUUUACAUGACUAUAAAGUAAAAUACAGCAUUAGAUUUUUCAUUUUCGUUUGUAUUUUUUACCUCAUUUAUUGAGUGAAGUAGUGUUUCCUAACUCCAACCCUUAAUAGAUCUGAGAAAACUUCUCUGCCUCAGCACUGGAAUUUAUUCGGUGAGCAACAGAAGAGGCCAAGCUGAGAAAUGCCUAAUACCUGUUCUGUUUUUGGCCCUUUAAGUCUGUAGCUGACAAGCUGGCUUGUAAGUUUUCAGUGGAAUCAAAUAUUUAAAGGAAUAAUUAUUUAGUAUAUUACAAUUCUCUCUUGUUUUACUCUAUCUUAAGUAUUAAUUUUCUGCACCAAUUAGCAGGUAUGUGAUAACUUUAGCAAAAGAUCUGAACAAACAUAAAAAAAAUCUCUUAUACAAAUUGUAUCACGGUGAAUCUAUUCCCUUGUUGGCUAAUUUUAUCAGUUGGUAUGUCACGAGGCAGAAUACAUUACAUUACCAAACUCUCCAUGUACCAAAUAUCUAGAAACGAAGCACAAUAUUACAAAAAGUAGAUUGGUUAUUGUACUAAAUACCAUUAGAUAUAGAAAAUGAUCAAAAAAAAAAAAAAGUUUAAAGUUGUAGCAAAAUGUACACCUUUCAAAUAUUAGGUGUUUGACUGCUUGUAUUGCAGACUUGCAGGUAGGAAGUUCUGUAAACAGUUCAACACCCAUGUUUGCACAAGAAGCCUUUUUAUUAUAAUAGUCUUUAAUCUUGUUAAAAUUUGUAUUUUUUCCUAUUCCUUUAAGUUAUAGUCCAUAGAUAUUAAAGCGCACAGUUUUGCAUAGCACAGCCUUAAUAUUAAUUUAAGCAGUGUAAACGUACAGUAAUUAAAGUCAUCUCACGUAUGUUGUCAUUAGACUCUUAAUUCAUUCAUCAGUUGUUUUCACAUAGUUUCUAUUUUGUCUUUAGACUGCAUUAGAAAUGUUAUGUAGAUCUAGACUUCUCUUUUUGGGGUUUUCAAAAGUCAUGAGGAUUUAUCUGACUGCUAGUAAAGUUUUAAAAUCCCUGGUCAGUGAAAUGACAAUACUUCUGAGGUUUUUUUUCUAUCUUCAAAUUCUUGUUCAGUGCUUCCAUGUUCAUAUCAUGUUUUUUAUUUUUUUAUUUUUUAAAACUAAUUUUAGGGUUAUGUUCAUAAAAGAUUUUUACUGAUCUUGUAUAAAACAAAUACUACCACUUCUUCUUAUGCAUAUAUAUCAAUAAUCUGGUAUUUUGAACACCGGUUUCUUGAUCUCACAAUAGCAGUUUAACUUCAAUUCACCUUUUCAGUUGGCAAAAGAAAAUAUGGUAAUAUAUAACAUUCACCCAGAAGCAGGAUAAUGUAUCAGGGUCAUACUAUAUGGUAAAUAUAGUAACAUGACUUUUUUUUGUUUCUAAUCAUUUUCAUCAUCAUAUUUCUGAUUUUGUUAUGAUAAUGGAUUACAUAGUAUAAUCAGCACAAGUACAUAAUUUGUUGUCAGUCCCAAUUUAAAGUGCCAACAUAAAUUUUACAAGGUUACCAAUAAAAUGUAUAAUGAAGUAUCAGGGAAAUGUACUGCUUUUUUGGCAUCUUUUUUUCUCCCUUACUUUAUUGUAUGUAAAAUUAUACAUACUACUAAGAUUGGGAAGAUCAAUUCUUUAGGAAUAAAUUAUUAGUGAAAAAGGGCCAUUGUUGAAAUAAUCAUUUUAUUUAUGUUGCUAGCACAUUUUAUGUUGUUUUUUUUAAUUAUUUGUCUCUAUUUGGUUGUAAUUAUUAUUUUUUAAAUUAUAUGAAUUUAUUAAUUAGCAGGACAUUUAAUAAAUUAACAGUUAACUAUGUUCACUUUGUAAAUUCUUGUAUAAAAAUAUUGACAAUGCACUGACUUUAGAAAGAUUUUUAUGUACAUACGUGCUCUGUAAAUAAUAGUGUUGAUGUUAUUGAAAUAUAAGAUGUAUAAAAAAAAGUAUUGGUAAUUGUAUAUGGAGUGCCCCUGUUUAUCUGUAACCAUUUUCCAACCUAUUAAAAGCUGUGGAUGCAGAUGUUAUUUUUUUGUAUAUUGUGUGAAGUUUUUUUAUUUAGUUUGUCUACUCCAAUUCUCAGGUAACCAUUACCAUUUACCCAUUUUUUUCUGAGCACUGAUGGCAACGGUAUUACUUAGUUAUUUGUUUUUGAAAAAUAAAGGCUAUAGUACUUA